GAGUUUGCGACACUGACGCGGGAGCUCAGCGCGUGCCGGGAGCAGCUCCUGGAGAGGGAAGAGGAGAUCUCGGAGCUGAAAGCCGAGCGCAAUAACACCCGGCUCUUGCUGGAGCACCUGGAGUGCCUGGUGUCGAGGCAUGAGCGGUCCCUGAGGAUGACCGUGGUCAAGCGUCAGGCCCAGUCACCGUCUGGGGUUUCCAGUGAGGUCGAGGUGCUCAAGGCACUCAAGUCACUCUUCGAGCAUCACAAGGCGCUAGAUGAAAAGGUCAGGGAACGCUUGCGAGCAGCAUUGGAGCGAGUGGCAACCUUGGAGGAGCAGCUCGUGGAUGCCCAUCGGCAGGUGGCGGCUCUGCAGCAAGGCGCCGCGCGGGAGGCGCCGGCGGCUGAGCGGGAUGAGAGGGAGCCCAAGGAGCCAACACAGAAGCUUCCCUGGAAGCGGCUCUCCCACGGCUCCGUCCGCCCGGACGAUGAGGCAGGGCGGGUGGUGGAGCUGCAGGAGCUCCUGGAGAAGCAGAAUUUCGAGGUCGUCCAGGCCAAGGAGCGCAUCUCUGCGUUGGCUGCCAGCGUCGCCGAGCUGGAGGAGGAUCUGGGCACCGCCAGGAAGGAUCUGAUCAAAUCGGAGGAGAUGAGCAGCAAGUACCAGAGGGACCUCCGAGAGGCCCUGGCUCAGAAAGAGGACAUGGAGGAGAGGAUCACCACGCUGGAGAAACGCUACCUGGCAGCCCAGCGAGAAGCCACCUCCAUCCAUGACCUCAAUGACAAGCUGGAAAACGAGUUGGCCAACAAGGAGUCCCUGCACCGCCAGUGCGAGGAGAAAGCCCGGCAUCUGCAGGAGCUGCUGGAGCUGGCGGAGCAGAAGCUGCAGCAGACGAUGCGGAAGGCAGAAACGCUGCCCGAGGUGGAAGCGGAGCUGGCCCAGCGCAUCGCCGCGCUCACCAAGGCAGAAGAGAGGCACGGGAGCAUCGAGGAGCACCUCCGGCAGCUGGAGAGCCAGCUAGAGGAGAAGAACCAGGAGCUGGCCAGGGCUCGCCAGCGGGAGAAGAUGAACGAGGAGCACAACAAGCGGCUCUCGGACACCGUGGACCGUCUGCUGAGCGAGUCCAAUGAGCGGCUGCAGCUGCACCUCAAGGAGAGGAUGGCGGCCUUGGAGGAGAAG